AUGACGAUACGUACUAACGAUCGCAUUAACUCUCCUCAGUUUCCAACGAACUUAUCUAAUAAUUACAAAAUACUACAAUGGAAUGUGAGAAGUAUUCGAUCACGUUCUUUGGACCUCGCUUCGGUUCUCCACUCCGAAGAAUAUUCGUUCGUGCUCUUAUCCGAAACCUUGCUUCGACCAGGUCAAAAGUUUUCUUUACCACAUUUCAAUUUCAUACGAUCAGAUCRGUUCAACGGCUAUGGUGGUGUCGCGAUUGCUGCCCACCAAUCCAUUCAUAUCAAAACGCUUCCAACUGAUAAUCUUCUUAAGAAUAAUUUACUUUGCCAAUCUAUCGAUUUAGUCGGUGGUGAUGUUAACGGCUAUCAUCCGACCUGGGACAAUAAUUAUAACCUAAACCAUCGCRGCGAUAUUAUUUAUACCUCUUUUAGCAACUUAAAUUUAUAUAGCCUUAAUUCUGGGGCUGCAACACGCGUCAAUCGCCCCCCUUUCGCCAAUACCGCAGUAGACAUAAWCAUCACUAUCAAUACCCUAUAUUGGUCACUUUCCUGGCAUCCUCUCGAGGAGCCCCAUGGCAGCGACCACUUUCCACUGAUAAUCKAACAUCAUGCUCCUUCAACACUUACCUCAGCUGUUUCUAAUCACGACACCAUACCUCCAAAACUCAACUACUCCAAGGCUGAUUGGUCUCUAUUUUCCUCACAUCUKGACUCACUUAUUAAUCAUUUUGUCUUCUCGAACUCCCCACUAGAUAAUUAUGAUAACUUUGUUCAUAUUUUGAAUACCUCUGCGAACAUUGCWAUCCCAACUACACGCAUUUCCUCAAAAUACCCAACAACCUCCCCCAUCUGGUGGAACUCCACAUGUUCUGAAGCGGUAAAACAACGAUCAGAUGAUUUUAAAAAGUAUAGAACUUCGGGUUCAUCACGUGACUUUCUUACCUACCAAAAUGUUAGCGCAAAGACUAAACGUUCUCUUAAAUUAGCAAAAAAAAACUCCUGGGAAAAUUUCUGUUCUACCCUCAACCACUCAACUCCGAUACAACACUUUUGGACCACCGCUAAAAAAUUCAAAAGGUGUGUUAACCGGACCAAUUCCUCCCACAACAAGGAAUGGUUUCCAACUUUUUGCGACAAAGUUGCUCCCCCGUACGUUCCCUCCUUACAGGAAUCUUGCCCAGCUUCCCUUUCAACCAUUAACAAUAACAAUCAUGGUUCUCAAUGUUCACAUAUGCUAUCUGCACCUUUCAGCUCUAAAGAACUCUCUUCAGCCAUUUCUUCCCGGUCCUCAAUAGCUUCGGGUAUAGAUUGUAUCUCUGAAUCUUACUUCAAAACAUCAACAAAGCUUCCGAUUAUCUAUUACGUAUUCUUAACGACAUAUGGAUCUCAGGCCUAA